AUGAUUUCUACUCAUAGAAUUUUGGACAAGAGAAUUAAGCCUAUUGCAAUCCCAUUAAAACACCCAUUGUAUGAUACAUCAACAGAAUUGUGUUUGAUAACAAAAGAUCCACAGAAGGUUUUUAAAGAAUGGGUUAAAUCAAAAGAUAUGAAAAAUAUUAAAAAAGUUAUUGGUAUUACUAAAUUCCAGAAGAAAUAUUCAAGUUUUGAAGAUAAGCGUAGUUUAUGUGACUCUUAUGAUUUAUUUUUAGCUGAUGAUCGGAUUCUUUCAUAUCUUCCAAAAUUAUUGGGAAAAUAUUUUUUUGAGAAGAAAAAACAACCAAUCCCAGUAAAAAUAAGUAAAGAGACAACUUUUUGUAAAGAGAUUCUUAAAUCAUGUCAUUCUACUUAUUUACAUUUUAGUUCUGGAACAUAUUUUGCGAUUAAGAUUGGUAAAAGUGAUAUGACGUCUAGACAAAUUGUUGAAAAUAUUGAAAUUUCAGUGCCAAAAAUUAUUGAAAAAAUACCUAGAAAAUGGAGAAAUAUACAAUCUCUAAGUAUUAAAACAAAUUCAUCCACAAGUUUACCAAUUUUCAAUUCUUUGCCGGAAAUCAGCAAAUUAGUUAUCAACAAACCUAUUGAUGAUGAUGAAAAAGAAAAGGUAAAGGUAAAGAAGGUGAAAGGGAACAGAAAAAAACAAUAG